AUGUAUGCUAUUGAUAGUUAUAGAAAAUAUCGAAAGGAGCAGAAUGUCAAGAAGGAGGAGCAGAAUGUCAAGUUGAAAGUAUUAAGAGAGGUAAAUCAACAACGUGAAGAUCGCAUUUUGACAGAAAGGGAAAGUUGUUUCCCCCUCCAUCCAUACAUGUAUUCCACUCCGCUUCGCGGGACACUUUUGGAAGAGGAAGAGAAAGGAACUCUAAAAGACAAUGUCACUAUUGAAUGUGAUGAUCAUGGUGCUGAGUUCUUCAAAGUUGAAAUCAACUCAUCCAUGAACGAAGUUAUUCAUAACCCGGAUUUGACAUUCCCUCAUGGUUUAUCUUGGUGGCAUUCGUCGUUAACUACAUCUGGUGCCUUAAUUGUUGCACAAUUAAGUCAUUUCGAGUGUGGAGGAAUCGCGCUUAGGCUUUGCAUGUCUCACAAGGUGGGAGAUGCAUGUAGCGCUUACUACUUCUUGAGGGAUUGGGCUGAGUUAACUCGAGAUCCAAAAUUAACAUUAUCUCCUCCAUACUUUGCUAAGGAUUCACUAAUGCCAUCACCAUUUGAUGGUCCUCUGCUUUCCCAUGUUAUUGAGCCAAAAAAGAAAAGAUGUAUUCAAAAGAUGUUUGUUUUCUCUGAAUCCAAGAUAAACGCGCUUAAAGCCUUGGUUGUUGCAGAAUCCUACGUGCAAAACCCAACGAGGAACGAGGUCGUGAGUGCCCUCCUCUACAAAUGUGCCGCUUCUUCUUCUACAACCAAUUUAGGGCGAUCUCAGUUAGUCCUACCCUUAAACUUGCGAAGUCAGGCAAGUUUACAACCACCACUACCACCAACCACCAUAGGAAAUAUUCUCACUAUCUUUUCCACACCAAUAUAUGAAAACUACGAACGAGACCUCAGAUUGUCAAAAUUAGUAACCAAUAUAAGAAAGUCCAAACACGACCUCUCCACCAAAAACAAUAUACAAGAAAAUAUGUUUGUUAAAGAGAUGUUGGAUGCAUAUAGAACAGGUAAAUUGCCAUUCCAACAAAGGGAUUGUGAUGUUUAUAUGAUUACUAGUAUAUUAGCAUUCGAAUUCGAAAAAUUAGAUUUUGGACUUGGGAAGCCUGCUAGAGCAAGCAAAGGAAGUAGUCCAUCUAGCAAUACUUUUAUCUUAAUGAAUACACCAGAUGAUCAUGACAGAGGAGUUGAAGCCUUUGUAAAUUUGAAUGAAGAAGAUAUGUUUGUUUUCAUCAAUGACAAAGACCUCCAAUUUGCUACUCCAUUUUAG